AUGAUGAAAAAUAUAUGUAAUAUCGGUUUGGCUAAGGAAUGCCACAAUUUACUCCAAAAACGUUUCUUGGUUCGUGUUGUGGAGUCGGCUGACGAUUACAAGGCGACAAUACUUCAGGAUAAAUUAGUGCUGGCAAAGUUUAGUGCCAGUUGGUGUAAGCCUUGUCAGAAAGCUAAGCCAGUGAUUGAAGAACUCAGUAACGAGCUUCCUCACCUAAACUUCAUCGAUGUCGAUGUUGAUAAUCUUCCUCAAAUUGCCGAUGAAGAAGGAGUCAAAACCAUCCCAUUUUUCAAGUUAUUUAGAAGUGGUAAACUAUUAGAUGAAGUUACAGGUAAUCUUCUAUCCCUCCUUAUUAACACCAGUUAUUUAUCCAGAUAUCAAUUUACAUUAACAACACAAUUAUUUAUAAUCCAUCUAGUUGUAAUAAUCUAUUUUACAAAUAAUAUCUAA